GUGAUAUUUAUCAAGACAUUUAAUUCAUAGUGCCUUAAAAAAAAUUAAUUGAAUCAAGAUAGUUAUAUUCUGCACGUACAAAAAUCAAGAGUCAACAAGAUGCACAAAAUCACGUCACAUUUCAUGUCCAUAGUUCGACCAGUUUUGACGGUGGAGAACACAUCGCCCACGAGGAAACCCACACUGACGGCCCUUGUCAUUUCGGCCCAGGUUAUGGAAACAGCCAGCAAGAAAUACGCCGUUUAUCACGUCGAAAUGAAGGAUGCAGGGCGCUCGUGGGACGUAUACCGGCGCUACACUGAAUUUUGCCGGCUCCACGCCGUCCUAAAGAAACAGAUAGCUGGACUCAAUCUGAAAUUACCGGGGAAGCGACUCUUUGGGAGUAAUUUCGAUCCAGCCUUUUUAAAAUCACGUUGUGACGGACUAACAGAGUACAUCCGGCUCAUAAUCAACGACGGCCGACUCCUCUCCAUACGGGAAGUGAGGGAGUUCCUGUCGCUGGACGAACGCAGCAACGCCAAGAAAUCGGCCAAUUCUGACGACAGUGGCGUCGAGACGAGUAGCGGCAAUGAGUCAGGUGGUGACGGCCGACAGGCCACCCGCAGCAGCGAAGAGGAUGAAAAUGAAUCAGACGAGUCUCGACCCGGUUCCGCCAUGAUUAACAUCACGACCACAACGACGACUAACCACCAUCUCAGCAUCACCCAGCAACGUUCCGUCCCCAUCGUCAAAGGAAACAUUAAUCUAGGACCCUCCGAACGGCCGUUGAAACCGGAUGAUUUUGAAUUCCUGCGAGUGCUCGGCCGGGGCAGUUUCGGCAAAGUUCUGCUGGCCCGUCGUUAUGCCGACCAGCAUCUCUACGCCGUCAAGGUCUUGGAGAAAAGGGCCGUCGUGAGACGCAACGAGACUCAGCACAUUAUGGCCGAGCGCAACGUGUUGCGCAACAAUCAACUCCACCCCUUUCUAGUCUCUCUGCACGCCUCUUUUCAGACCAGGGAGAAACUUUAUUUCGUUCUCGACUUUGUCAACGGUGGAGAGUUAUUUUUCCACUUGCAAAGGGAACGGCAUUUCAGCGAGGCCCGGGCCCGUUUCUACAGCGCCGAAAUGGCCUCUGCCUUGGGCUAUUUGCACUCUGCCGGCGUAGUGUACCGCGACUUGAAGCCGGAAAACAUUUUGCUGGACAGCGAAGGCCAUUUGGUGCUGACAGAUUUCGGCCUGUGUAAGGAAGGUUUGGUGGAUAGCGACCAGACGACGGCCACAUUCUGCGGCACGCCCGAGUACUUGGCGCCGGAAGUCAUCCGCAAAGAGGCCUACGGUCGGUCGGUCGACUGGUGGUGUCUAGGCGCCGUCCUCUACGAGAUGCUCUACGGCCUGCCGCCCUUUUACAGCCGCGACACGGCCGUCAUGUACGACGCCAUUCUCAACAAGCCGCUCCACUUUCGCGAUCACAUUCAAGUCUCCACGGCCGGCAAAGAUUUACUCAGUGCCUUGUUACAGAAAGACGGGCGAACUCGUCUGGGUUCGGGUCCAGCCGAUUUCGAUGAUGUGCGCAAUCACGCCUUUUACCGCAGUUUGAAUUGGGACGAUUUGAUGCAGCGCAAAAUGACUCCGCCGUUCCGUCCCGAAUUGAGUGACGCUUACGAUUUGCGCAACAUUGAUCCGGAAUUCACGAGAGAACCUGUGCCGGCCUCUUUGCUCCAAGCCCGUUCCGUCCGCGCCGCUUCGUCGUUGGGUUGCAACCGUGACGGCGACAAUGUCUUUGCCGGAUUUUCCUAUGUGCCCACUACCCUCAUAAAUUAAUUGAAAAAUGAAUCAAGAGAGAAAUUAUUAAUUAAAAACAAAUUUCCGUUCCCAUUGUCAUCCCCACCACCCUCCAACCCACAGAAUCCAACGCGUUUUACGAAUGGAAAUCAUUCCGCACUGUUCGUGCUAGUCCCUCGUUUAUAUCAAUUAUAACCUUACUCACUCCUACGUUUACUUUACCUAGUCCUAUUUGUGCCAUCACACUUGAGAAACAAUUCCACGAUUAUAACUUUCAUCACCCAAAUACUCUACGGGCCAAAACAAAGAAAAUUGUGUGUGUGUUAAUAGUCCCACCCCUUUAUACCGGCAUGUUUUUGUUACCUUUCCUACUUUUUCGUCUUCUUUUCGGUUUGAAAUUUCCCCUAAUUACCAAAAUGUUUGAGAAAAAAAGAAACCCACGUUGAAUUUAAA